AUGUUCAGAAAAAGCGUAUUUUCGUUAUAAAACUUAGCCAAGAUCAACUAGACAUCUAAGUGGAAUUAGGUUGCUAACAAAAAUUUUUACCAUAGCUCCAAGUUUAUGUUUUCUGGAUUAAAUGGAUAAAACGUAACAUCAGAAAUAUUAUAAAAUGCUAAUUAAAUUUCUGAAAUUGCUGCAAAAUCAAUAAAAGUGGAGGACCUUUAAUUAUUCAAUAAUGCUUAUUUAGGAGAUAAUGAUAUCGGAAAUAUUUUAGAAACCACCAAGCCUCUCAGCUCUAUUGUCCCUCACGAUUUUAUUGAUAAACUUUCUGCAAUUGCUCCAGGAAAUAUUUACAAUCAUUUAGAUGAAUUUAGUAGAGAUGCUCUCCUUUACCUUUGCAAUGAUUUAGGAUGGGGAAUGGGUAUUUCAAUAGCAGCUUUAUCUUUUGGUAUCAAGCUUGCAUUUAUGCCUCUUAUGUUUGGUACUUAGAUUAAUGCCCUCAAAAUGAAGCUUCUUGAACCUGAAACUAAAAAUUUCUAAACAUAGGUCAGUCGUUUGCAAAAAUAAGGUGAUUUUAACAGUGUAAGAGAAGCUCAACGUUAAUUCUCUGCCUUGCAAAAAAAGCAUGGCAUCCGUCAUUGGAUUUCUGUUGCUGCCUUAACUCAAAUCCCUGUUUUGAUUACUUGGUUCGUCUCAUUACGUUAUGUUACAUCAAUGCCAGAUAAAUAUCCCUAACUCCGUACUGAUGGUAUGUUAUGGUUCUAAGAUUUAGCUGAAUAAGAUCCUUACUGCAUUCUCCCUCUUCUUUCAGCUACCUUCUCUUACUUAAAUAUUUCACUUAAUCCAAAUAUGGGAAAUAUGGCUUAAAACUCUCCUUUUGCCAAAUAUAUGAAAUACUUCAAGUAUUUCCCUUUCUUAACUCUACCCGUAGUUAUAUUCUUCCCUUCAGCUCUUAACUUAUAUUGGGCUAUUUCAGCAUUUACACACUUAAUAGUUGCUGCUGCAAUUAGAAAUCCCACUACCCGUGCCUUUUUGGGUAUCCCUAAAUACCUUCCCGGUACAAUUUUAGAUAGAUAAAACUAAGAAAAAGUUUAAAAAGUUAUUAAGGCAGUCAUAAGUGACAAUAAGUUAGUAAAUGACACUGUCAAAGUUUCUUCUAUUGUUGGAGGAGCUGCUGCUACAGCUGCAGUAAAUGCAUCAUCAAACAACAGCUAAGAAGCUCCAAAAAUCAAAUUAACUUAAGCAACUCAAUAAGUAUUUUCAAAUAAACCUGCUUCAUCAAAUACCAGCACAGCUAAUACUAGUGAAAAGAAAAUUUCCAGUGGUGCUGCCACUUAAGUAUUUACAAACAAGCCUACCAAGAAAAAAUGA